GUUAUUUUGUUUGCGAAACCUUACCGGUCGUACUGAAGUUUUUGGACCACUAUCAAAAGCUUCUGUAGGAUUUUUACGGCAGCCGUUAAUUGUACGUGUAGCUAAAGCAGCUAAAGGUAGUUCAAGCGACCAAGUUCGUAAGCAAGCUGAAAAGGAAAUGCAAUCAUUUUGGGAAAAAAAUGUGAAGGAAAAGAGACCAUGGUCUCCUCAUCUCCAGAUUUACUCUGCGCCACUAGUAAUGAGAUUCUCUUUUCUCCAUCGAGCGACGGGUAUUGCUAUGGCCAUCGAAAGGAAAUAAAAUUUAGUUUGCGACGCUUAUCACCUGAGUAUCUGACUGUAAACAAUAGGUACUUCACUUUAUUGCCGAGAUGGAUAUUCAAAUAAAAUAUUGCAAAGCUAACUAAUCUAUCUCGUCAGCUUUCCUUUGGAAAUAAAACUAGUUAAUUGUUCGCAGCAUAUCCCGUGAAGUUACGCUGGAUUUUUUUUAUACGUGUUGACAGACCAGUUGGUUGUAUCUAUCUCAAAUCGUCCAAAGUAAAUGGCUGAAUGUCAUGUUUUUGUGGCUAGCAGAGGAAUGCAAGGCGCAUCUUUCUUCCAUUUUGAUACUCUUCAUCUGGACGUAUCUGCACCGCCCCCAAUAAUAAUAGUAAUGUCAGGAAGUCUGAAUAUCAGUUUUACUACGAGCUCACUUGUGAAUAGCUUAACUUACUGCUGCUAAACUAGAAAAGAUUAUUCAGCUGUUUUCUGAAGUCACCAAAUACAGGACGAGAAGGUGUCAAAAGGUUAUUUUGGCCAAGGUCUCUUCAUCAGUUUGACCGUGAAACCCAUAUAUCCAUAAUUUACCAGCUGCCUAUAAUUCUACCACAUGGACAAAAAGUUCAUGAUGCACCUCUAGAUGAAACAUCCCAACGUCAUUGCGGAUCAAUGACUCAAAUUAUAUGCAAACACAAAUUCUAAACCAAAGUGAUGAUUACGCUUCAGUCUGAUUCUGAAAUUGGUGUUGAAACCUAUUUAUCUUCGUAGAAUUAAACUGGUUUGCAAAAUACUUGUGUCAAAUAUCAUCACUUAAGGAGUUUUAGCGUUGAAUAACAGCAAAAAGGUUUUUCAAGGUAAACCUAAACAUGAUUUAGCUUUUCCACGAACGCUUGACUGUGGUUUUAGGGGCUACUGACAUAUUGCGAGCAUUUAUUCUGGCCAGGUAACACACUUUUGAACAUAAUCUAGGUAUAUUGUUCUUAUAUUCAGUGUAGGCUACAGAAUAUACGGGCUUAAAGGUGUGUAAACAUCCAACUAGUGAACUUGAAACGAAAAGUCUGUGUCUUACAAAAAAAUACAUAUGCCUGUCACCUCCAGUGAAGCAUAGGCCGCCGACCGGUGUUCGCCAACCUACACUGUCCGGGGCUUCCCUUUCCAGUUCUG